AUGGAGUCUUCUAACUUUAAGCGUUGUCCCGAGAGUCGCAGUAGCGUUGGGCGAGUUGAUGACGAGCUCAAUGAAAUCUUUCAGCUCGAUGGUAUUUGGGAAACCGCUUGGGAGGAACCCAUUGGGGAUAUCAAAGAAAUGGUACUUGUUGACACCAAACAGUACGCCGCCUUUCUGAAAUGGCAGGCUGGGAAUCAUGAAGGUAAGUCUACCGAUGUCUCCGAGAAGAAGGAGAAUACCGACCUAACCCAGCUUGAGAAGCAAGAAAGCAACAUUCAGUCAUCCCAGCAUGACGCUGAGAAUCAUACUCGCGAUUCGCCGAGUGAUGACGAAGCCAGGACAUUGUGCGAAGAGUUUGAGAGAAAGAUGGACCGUAUGAGCAUCCUGCAGCUGAGUCAACAAACUCACCCCUUUAGGUCAGGUGCGCUGUUUGAUUCAGGGAUUCCACAGAUGCAAGUCAAUUUGUAG